AUGCCACGACCCCCCUCCGCCCUUCUGGCCUCGGUUGCCCGGCUGCGGGGUCCGAGGCUGCAAUUCCCUCCUGCUGACCGCAGAACCUUCCAGACAUCCGCAUCCAAGAUGGGCGUCAACGUUAUCACCCACCAGCCCGGCACUGGCGCCACCCCCACCAAGGGCCAGACUGUCACCAUCGAGUACACCGGCUUCCUGAAGGACACUUCGCAGCCCGACAACAAGGGCAAGAAGUUCGACUCUUCCGUCGGCCGCGGCGACUUCGUCGUCAAGAUCGGUGUCGGUCAAGUCAUUCGCGGUUGGGACGAGGGUGUCACCCAGAUGAAGGUCGGCGAGAAGGCCACCCUCGACAUCUCCAGUGACUUUGGCUACGGUGCCCGCGGCUUCACCGGCCACAUCCCCCCCAACGCCGACCUCAUCUUCGAUGUCGAGCUGAAGAAGGUCCAGUAA